AUGAGUACUGUCGCGGACGCACCAGAAAGCAGCACGGCUCCGGCCCCAGCGCCCCCAUCGCUGGGUUCCCUGCCCGCCGAGCUCUUCAGCGCCAUAGUCGAGCAGCUCAGCCUGGGCGACUUCAGGAACCUCAGGCUGGCGAGCCGGCACCUUGCGCGGGAGGCCCGGCCGUUCCUCUCGCAGGCGAGCUUCGCCGGCCUGCCCUGGCGCCGGGACAUGGCGCGGCUGCACGGCCUCAGCUCAACGUUUCCCGAGUGCGGCGCGCGGAUCCGCGACGUCAAGUUUGUGUUCGCCGCGCUGGACGAGUACCGGGCGUACCACGACUCCUUCUCCCACAUGUUCGGCUACGAGCCCGAGGUGCGGACGGAGCGGCUCGUCAACGUGUGGACGGGCUAUCAGGAGUCGCAGAGGGCGGUCAGGCGGAUCCUCAGCACCACGAAGCAGGAGGGGGCGGUGGCGGCGGCGCCGGAGGUGAGGACCAGGGCGGUGGCCACCACGAGGACGCUGUGCCUGCCGUUCCCCGUAGAGCUCGUGGGCCGGGCGCUGGCGGGGCUGCCGAACCUGAGGAGCCUGACGCUGACGUGGAUGGAGUGUCCGUGGGACGAGGACGUGGCGACGGUGUUUGACCCGGACGAGUCGGUGAGGCUGCAGAAGGAAAGCGCCAGAAAGGUCCAGCGGGAGUUUGUGCGCUCGCUGUGGGUGCUGGAUGUGCCGCUGGAGAGGUUGCAGGUUGAUGGGUUUCUCUUGACGAGGGAGGACUUGGCUGGUCUAGAGGCCGUGCCUGCGGAGAGGGCGUUGACUUCUCUGAGGGAUCUGAAGGUUGAGAUGGCCAAUCUUAAGGAUGAGAAUGAGGAGGCGAGGGGGGCAGCUUUGGAGAUGUUGAUGGGUAAGAUGGAGAGUCUGGUGUAG